CUUGGACAUCCAUCCAACUCCGUGAAUCCUGACACAAUGAGCUACUACGGAGGCUACUAUGGGGGCCUGGGCUAUGGCUAUGGCUCUGGUUAUGGAUGUGGCUGUGGCAGCUUCCGUGGCCUCGGCUAUGGUUUUGGUGGCUGUGGCUAUGGAGGCCUGGGCUACGGUAGCUAUGGCUAUGGUGGCUGUGGCUAUGGAGGCCUGGGCUAUGGUGGCUAUGGCUAUGGCUGCUGCCGUCCAUCUUGCUGCGGAAGAUAUUCUUCCUAUGGCUUCUACUGAAAAACCACUUGCUUCUGAACUGUACUGGAAUCCUUAAGGACAACACAGUCCAUCUGCUGACUGGGUGGCAUGGAGAGAGCUAACAUGAGAAGGCCUUGGAAUGCAUAUGGUGCACUCAGGGCACUGAAGAAGCAGAUAUUGAGAAGUAGCAGUAUCUGUCCUGGGAAAUGCUGCAGAAGCUUACCUUCUAUGAGGGAGACUCCUCCAACAAUAGCUUAUUUCAGCAAGUUUUCUCAGCUCUGACAUCCCACAGCCAAAGUGUCUGUUAUGCUGUUUCAAUAAAUGUGUUUCAUUGG